AUGGACCGCCGCAUCGUCGAGUGGUCCGACCUGCUCGCAGCGCCCCUCUCGACCUCCGAGGAACGCCAGGCUACACUGCACCAGAUCGAGCACUUUCUCGCCUCCAUCUGCUGUCGCCCAUCACCGCCGCCUUCGUCGUCGUCCUCCUCAUUGGAUCAGCCGUUGCCAUUUCUCGGGGCCGACAGCGUCGUGGCCGAGGCAUUCUGGAGCCUGCAGAACAACGCCGGCUUCAACAUUGCAGAAUGCCUCCUCCAUCUCCUUGCACGACUCCAUAUCCUCCUCCAGCAGGAACUCGCCCUGUACCAGCUCAGCCAGGGCCUCCGAACGACCAGCGCCGCCACCUACUCGGACACGGAAAGCAAACGCGUGCGCAGCCUCGUCGACGAAGCAUGCACCGCCCUCACCGUCCUCCAGGGACUCACACUGUCCCACAGCAACACCAAGCGGAUAUGCGAGCGAAAGUGCUGGCUAGAGCUCCUUCUCUCCAUCACGCUCUCCGACUACUCGACCGACCUGCUUCCCUCGAUGCUGUCGAGCCCGUCGUCUUCCGCCAGCCCACCCAUUGGCGCCACCGUUACGCCCUCGACCUCCUCGGCCCCUCUCGUCAGCCUGCCCUCGGUCUUUGCGCUCGAGAUGCUCAUGUGCAUCCUGGUCGAGUCAAAGCAGGCCCAGACGACCUUUAGCGAGAUCGGCGGUCUGCAGCAGAUUGUCGAGCUCAGCCACCGUUGCGGGGACGCCGUCUCCUCGGCGCUCGGUGCGGGUCAGGGCAGCUCCAAGCCCCACCUCUCGCCCUUCCAGCUCGACGCCCUCAAGCAGACCGACCUGCACUGCCUCGAGUUCCGCUACUUUGUCAGUCAGCUGCAGAGGGGCAAAGAGGCCACCGCCAAGGAUCUUGAUUUCACUGGGACGGCGGCUGGAGACGCUCGCGGCACGCAGAUCGCCGGGAGCGUCCGGCCGUCGAGGCAAAUGCCAUCGCGAUCAACCUCACCUGAUAGCGACUCGUCGAGCGCUACGGUCCGGGACGACGUACCCUCAACCUCGCGCGAGGAAAGCCAACGCACCCCUCGUGCGCCGCGAAAGCGGGCCAGCGUGCUCUUCGCACCCGCACCGCCAAGCAGCCACAGCCGUGACGACAGUCGAAGAGUCCAGAGCGGUAACGUAUCCGCCCGUCCCGAGGGCACCGAACGGCGGCGUCCGCUUCGGGCGACAAAGUCGGUGGUGGAGCUCCGGUCGCAAGGCGUCCGCGGGCGCGCGGGUGCCGAAUCGCACGGAGAGGCGAGGUCAACGGCUCGACAGGCCGCUCCAGAGUCACCAGGGUCACGGCGAAGGAGGGUCGACCCCGACCUGGAUCACGCCAGAGCCGGACCACCCACGUCGUCGCCCAGCAAGCGUCAUUCUGCCACCGCAGCCCAGCCGCCACUGCACCUUCCCAAGAUCAAAGGCACCGGCAUCACCCGCAGCACGGGCAACGGCCCAGGCAUCGUCGCCCGCUUCGAGGCGCGCGAGCAGGCCGCAAGGCUGCCGCCGAUGGCGUUCGAGGAGACCAACGAAGCCCCGUCCCGGCGUCGAUCAGGGACCGACGCUCCCCUGCCCGUCCUCGCGGCCCGUCAGGCUAGCUCGUCACCGCUCAAGCCUCGUCGGAACGGGGGUCUUCACCACGAAAGUGCGCACAUCUUUGGACCCCCUGCGGCGCUCGUCGACAGCUCAAAGGUCCUGUCCCGCCGCGAGCGGCCAGACGCCUCGGAAACGCACCGGCGGUACCGCGGAGGCGCCGAGGACCGGGAGAACGAGUCGCCGCCUCUUCCGGCGACGAGCGCGGCCAUGUUCGCCACGAUGAGCAGAAGGGUGCCGCCCAGUCCGGCCGUGCGGAGGGCGCAGAUGGCCCGCGCCCGUAGCCUGAGCCCGCAGAAGCCGUACAGGAUCCGGCAGUCUCCUGAUCCCGCCGCGGUAACGUCGUGUGGAAAGACCGAGGACUGA